AUGGGUUCGUACCAAUUGAUCAAAGAAAAUAUUAAUCCAGAAGCACUGAAUCUGCAAGGAAACAAGUGUACUCUGCGCAUUGAGGCUAGAGAACGCGGUGAUGAUGUUGAAUCCGCUUUAUCAAAACUUAAUUCCCCGUCUUCUCCUAGAUUGUGUCGCAAUGCCGCCUCCAGAUGUAUGUCAUCUGCUUCUGGAACCACUCGCCUUGUCUCCCUUGAUGUAUUCCGGGGGCUUACUGUUGUGUUGAUGAUACUUGUCGAUAAUGCUGGUGGAAUCUUUCCAGCAAUCAAUCAUUCACCAUGGAAUGGUUUAACAUUGGCAGAUUUUGUGAUGCCAUUUUUCCUUUUUAUGGUUGGCGUAUCUCUUGGACUUGCAUAUAAGAACUUGACUUGCAGAGGUGCUGCAUCAAAAAAAGCAAUGUUUCGAGCCCUAAAGCUUUUAACCCUGGGUGUUUUUCUUCAAGGUGGCUAUUUUCAUGGUAUUAAUAACCUAACCUAUGGCGUGGACAUGUACCAAAUCAGAUGGACGGGUAUAUUGCAGAGAAUUGCAAUAGCAUAUUUUCUGGCAGCCGCAUGUGAAAUUUGGCUUAGGAGCGAUGACAAAGUUAAUUCAGAAUUAUCUAUGCUAAAGAAAUAUCAAAAGCAGUGGGUUGUGGUCUUAAUGCUUACUGCCUUGUAUCUUCUGUUGCUAUAUGGUUUGUAUGUUCCUGACUGGGAGUAUCAGAUUCCAAUUGAUGCAUCAUCUUCUGGGAAAAUGUACUCGGUGAAAUGUGGUGUGCGGGGAGACACUGGACCAGCAUGUAAUUCUGUUGGUAUGAUUGAUCGCAAAAUUUUGGGUAUUCAUCACUUAUAUAGAAGGCCAAUCUAUGCACGCACAAAACAAUGUAGUAUCAACUCCCCAGAUUAUGGUCCACUUCCUCCUGAUGCUCCCUCGUGGUGCCAAGCCCCUUUUGACCCUGAAGGGCUUUUAAGUACAGUGAUGGCAACUGUUUCUUGCUUGAUCGGUUUGCACUACGGGCACGUUAUUGUCCAUUUCAAGGAUCACAAAACUAGACUAUUGCAGUGGCUUGUUCCAUCAUGUUGUCUUGUAGCCUUGGCUGUGAUAUGUGACAUUUGUGGGAUGCAUAUAAACAAGGUUCUAUACUCCUUCAGUUACAUGUGCUUUACAACUGGCGCUGCUGGAAUUCUCUUUGCUGCAAUCUAUGUAAUGGUUGAUGUCUACGGAUAUAGACGCUUUACUUUGGUGCUGGAGUGGAUGGGAAUGCAUGCUUUAAUGAUAUUUAUUCUUGUAGCAUGCAAUAUCGUACCUCUUAUUCUGCAGGGAUUUUAUUGGAGUCAACCUCAUAAUAACAUUUUAACUUCAAUAGGAAUUGGGACACGGCGGUAG